AAGGCUGCCGGCGGGCGGCAGAGGGUGGAGGAAGAGAAGCGGCAGAGGUAGGAGUUGCCGCCGCCUCCGUCGCCGAGACCACUGCCGCGGCCACAGCCACCGGCGCUGCUAUGAUUUCUCCCGACGCGUGAGUUCGGAGCCUCCGCGCGUGAAUUGGUCGCUGUCACGGGCUGCGUAGCUCCGGAGGUUUAACCGUAGGACGAAAACCAGGAAUGUAAAGAAGAAAUCAAAAUGGAUCCAAAUAUGAGCGUGAGUUGUGUCAGCAUCUCUGUGGAGGGGAUGACGUGUAGUUCCUGCGUCUGGACCAUCGAGCAGCACAUUGGAAAACUGAACGGUGUGCAUCACAUUAAAGUCUCACUGGAAGAAAAAAAUGCAACUAUUAUUUAUGACCCUAAACUACAGACUGCAGAGACCAUGCAGGAAGCUAUCGACGACAUGGGCUUUGAUGCCAUUCUCCACAGUCCCCACCCUGUCCCUGUUUUAACCGACACCGUGUGUCUGAGAGUUCCUGGUUCCCUGACUGCGCCGUGGGACCAUAUCCAAAGCACAUUGCUCAAGGCCAAGGGCGUCACAGACAUUAACAUUUCCCCUCAGCAAAGAAGUGCAGUGGUGACAAUAAUCCCCUCUUUAGUGAAUGCCAAUCGGAUAAUGGAGCUGGUUCCAGAUCUCAUUUUCGAUACUGGAACUGUGGAGAAAAAGUCAGGGACCUGUGAAGAUUACAGGGCGGCCCCAGCGGGUGAAGUCAAGCUGAAGAUGAAAGUGGAGGGGAUGAGCUGCCACUCGUGCACAAGCACCAUCGAAGGGAAAAUAGGGAAACUGCAGGGUGUUCAGCAAAUUAAAGUCUCCCUGGACAACCAAGAAGCUACUGUUGUUUAUCAACCUCAUCUUAUCACAGGAGAGGAAAUCAAGAAGCAGAUUGAAGCUGCGGGCUUUCCAGCAUUCAUCAAAAAGCAGCACAAGUGCAUGUUGGGAAAUAUUGAUAUAGGACGUCUACAAAACACACCAGUCAAAUCCCCAGAGGGAUCACAGACGAGGAGUCCAGCAUGUGCUGAUGGUUUUUCCACAGCCACUUUCUCCAUAGAAGGCAUGCAUUGUAAAUCGUGCGUGUCAAAUAUUGAAAGUGCUUUAUCUACACUCCAAUAUAUAAGCAGCAUAGUAGUUUCUUUAGAGAACAGAUCUGCUGUCGUCAAGUACAAUGCAAACUUAGUCACUCCAGAAGCCCUGAGAAAAGCAAUAGAGGCCGUACCACCAGGACAAUAUAGAGUUAGUAUUACAAGUGGAGUUGACAGUACCUCAAACUCUCCUUCUGGCUCCUGUCCACAGAAGAUUCCCUUGAAUGUAGUUAGCCAGCCCCUGACUCAAGAAACCGUGAUCAACAUCAAUGGCAUGACUUGUAACUCCUGUGUGCAGUCUAUUGAGGGGGUCAUGUCAAAAAAGGCAGGGGUAAAAUCCGUACUAGUGUCCCUCGCAAACAGCAAUGGAACUGUAGAAUACGACCCUCUACUGACCUCUCCAGAAACCUUGAGGAAAGCAAUAGAAGACAUGGGAUUUGAUGCUACCUUGCCAGGUACAAAUGAGCCCCCAUCGGAAAUGCCACAUUUGACCCCAACUAAUGAAUUUCAUACUAAAAUGAUGACACCAAUUCAUGACAAGGAGGACGUAAAGACUUCGUCUAAGUGUUACAUACAGGUCACUGGUAUGACCUGUGCUUCCUGUGUAGCAAACAUUGAACGGAAUUUAAGACGAGAAGAAGGAAUAUAUUCUGUACUCGUGGCUCUGAUGGCUGGCAAGGCAGAAGUAAGAUAUAAUCCUGCUGUUAUACAACCCCCGAUGAUAGCCGAGUUCAUCCGAGAGCUUGGAUUUGGAGCCACUGUGAUAGAAAAUGCCGAGGAAGGCGAUGGUGUUUUGGAACUUGUUGUGAGAGGAAUGACGUGCGCCUCCUGCGUCCAUAAAAUAGAAUCUACCCUCACCAAGCACAGGGGGGUUUUCUACUGCUCUGUGGCCCUGGCGACCAACAAAGCGCAUAUUAAAUAUGAUCCAGAAAUUAUUGGUCCCAGAGAUAUUAUCCAUACAAUUGAAAGCUUAGGUUUCGAAGCGUCUUUGGUCAAGAAGGAUCGGUCAGCAAGCCACCUAGACCAUAAGCGAGAGAUAAGACAAUGGAGACGGUCCUUCCUUGUGAGCCUGUUUUUCUGUAUUCCUGUUAUGGGGCUGAUGAUAUAUAUGAUGGUUGUGGACCACCAGCUUGCAAGUCUGCACCAUAAUAAGACCAUGAGCCAAGAAGAAGUGGUCAAAAGUCAUUCUUCUAUGCCCCUGGAGCACCAGAUCCUGCCAGGAUUGUCCAUUAUGAAUUUGCUAUCCUUUAUAUUGUGUGUACCUGUGCAGUUUUUCGGAGGCUGGUACUUCUACAUUCAGGCCUACAAAGCGCUGAAGCAUAAAACUGCAAAUAUGGACGUGCUGAUUGUGCUGGCCACCACCAUUGCAUUUGCCUACUCUUUGAUUAUCCUUCUUGUCGCAAUGUUUGAGAGAGCCGAAGUGAACCCUAUUACCUUCUUUGACACCCCUCCUAUGCUAUUUGUGUUUAUUGCGCUAGGCCGGUGGCUGGAGCAUAUAGCAAAGGGCAAGACAUCAGAGGCUCUUGCCAAGCUAAUUUCACUGCAAGCUACAGAAGCAACUAUUGUAACUCUUGACUCUGAUAAUAUCCUCUUGAGUGAAGAACAAGUGGAUGUGGAACUUGUACAACGUGGAGACAUCAUUAAAGUGGUCCCAGGAGGCAAAUUUCCAGUGGAUGGCCGUGUCAUCGAAGGACAUUCUAUGGUAGAUGAGUCCCUUAUCACAGGGGAGGCAAUGCCUGUGGCCAAGAAAUCUGGCAGCACAGUGAUUGCUGGUUCCAUCAACCAGAAUGGGUCCCUGUUCAUCCGCGCAACCCACGUUGGAGCGGACACAACCCUUUCUCAAAUUGUCAAACUUGUGGAGGAGGCACAAACCUCAAAGGCUCCCAUCCAGCAGUUUGCAGACAAACUCAGUGGCUACUUUGUUCCUUUUAUUGUUAUUAUUUCCAUUGUUACCCUCUUGGUUUGGAUUAUAAUUGGAUUUCUACAUUUUCAAGUUGUCGAAACCUACUUUCCUGGCUACAACAGAAGUAUCUCCCAAACCGAAACGAUAAUACGCUUUGCUUUCCAAGCCUCUAUCACAGUUCUGUGCAUUGCAUGCCCCUGCUCACUGGGUCUGGCGACCCCAACUGCUGUGAUGGUGGGUACGGGAGUAGGCGCUCAAAACGGCAUACUAAUCAAAGGUGGUGAGCCAUUGGAGAUGGCCCAUAAGGUGAAGGUAGUGGUGUUCGAUAAGACUGGAACCAUUACCCAUGGAACCCCAGUAGUGAGUCAAGUCAAGGUUCUAGUGGAGAGUAACAGAAUACCACGCACUAAGAUCCUGGCCAUCGUGGGAACCGCUGAGAGUCACAGUGAGCACCCUCUGGGAGCGGCUGUGACCAAAUACUGCAAGCAGGAGCUGGCCACUGAAACCUUGGGUACCUGCAUAGACUUCCAGGUUGUGCCAGGCUGUGGUAUUAGCUGUAAAGUCACCAAUAUCGAAGGCUUGCUACAAAAGAAUAACUGGAAGAUAGAGGAAAAUAAUGUGAAAAAUGCAUCCCUGGUUCAGAUCGAUGCAAGUGAUGAACAGUUAUCAGCUUCGUCUUCCAUGAUCAUUGAUGCCCACCUCUCAAAUGCUGUUAAUGCUCAGCAGUACAAAGUCCUCAUUGGUAACCGGGAGUGGAUGAUCAGGAAUGGUCUCGUCAUUAAUAAUGAUGUAGAUGACUGCAUGAUUGAACAUGAGAGAAAGGGUCGGACUGCCGUCUUGGUGGCCAUUGAUGACGUGCUGUGCGGCCUGAUAGCGAUCGCCGACACAGUGAAGCCCGAAGCGGAGCUGGCUGUCCGUACCCUGAAGUCUAUGGGCUUAGAGGUCGUUCUCAUGACUGGGGACAACAGCAAGACGGCUCGGUCUAUCGCUACUCAGGUCGGCAUCACUAAGGUGUUUGCUGAAGUUCUCCCUUCCCACAAGGUGGCUAAGGUGAAGCAACUUCAAGAAGAGGGCAAACGGGUAGCAAUGGUAGGAGACGGAAUCAAUGACUCCCCCGCCCUGGCCAUGGCCAACGUGGGAAUUGCCAUCGGCACGGGCACAGAUGUAGCCAUUGAGGCGGCCGACGUGGUUUUGAUAAGGAAUGAUCUUCUGGACGUCGUAGCAAGUAUUGAUUUAUCAAGGAAGACAGUCAAGAGGAUUCGGAUAAACUUUGUCUUCGCUCUAAUUUAUAAUCUGGUUGGAAUCCCCAUAGCUGCUGGAGUGUUUAUGCCCAUCGGUUUGGUUCUGCAGCCCUGGAUGGGGUCCGCUGCGAUGGCCGCUUCAUCCGUCUCGGUAGUACUGUCUUCUCUCUUCCUGAAACUGUACAGGAAACCAACCUACGAGAAUUACGAACUGCGUGCCCGAAGCCCGAUGGGACAGAAAAGCCCUUCGGAAGUCAGCGUUCACAUCGGAAUAGAUGACACCUCAAGAAAUUCGCCGAAACUGGGUUUGCUGCACCGCAUUGUGAAUUACAGCAGAGCCUCCAUCAACUCCCUGCGCUCGGAUAAACGGUCCCUAACCAGCAUCGCCACCAGUGAACCCGACAAGCACUCACUCUUGGUGGGAGAUUACAGGGAAGACGACGAUGACACGGCGUUGUAACAGGCCAGGCCGCAGGGGGCAGCCCCUUGAGCGCCUGUCCGCCUGUCGGUGUGUGCACUGACUCGCCACUCACCGCCGUCACCUUCGCCUUGCAAAAUAUUGAGGAAGGACUUGGUGUUGGUCUCGUGCUCUUAUACUAGGGAUUUUAUUGGCAUUGCAUUUUUCCCGAUGGUAACAACAUCCUUUUCAGGGCAUCGGCACUCUGAACCCAGCUUUAUUUAGAGUGAAUUUCCAAUCUCUUGUUUUGUUUUCCCUAGCAAGAGGUAAAGUGAGCCAGUGAGCUUUACAGCAAGCCAGCAAGCCCUACCAUUGAAGAUUGCCAAACUGUUGCUGAAGUGAUAGAUCAUUCGUUUUCGCUGAUGAAAAAAAAAAAAAACUGAAGGAAACGGUAGUUAAGUAUUUGAAGAUUUCAGAGUACGAUCCUGAGGAACUUCUCGAGCCCUGAUCCCUGCCUGAUGGGGGAACUGUGGCUUUCAGAGCAUUGUAUAAAGCAUCUAGUUUUAGAAAGAAAACAGUAGAAACUGUUUAAACAUAGAUGUGCCUUAAUUAGUACUGGCUUGAUUCCCCCCCCCCCCGCCCCGCCCCGCCUUAUUCUCCCUGCACCUACGUCCUUGCAGUUGCUUUCGUAGAUGACCCAGUGUGUUUUCUUUUGUAGUUUCCUUUGAGGACGCUAAGCGUGGGUGGUUGUUUCAUUGAUAAAAAUAACUGACCAUUUUCCCAAUAUCUUGUUCCUUUCUUUAUCUUGUAGUUCAAACGUCCUUAAAGGUAGCAUGCCCUGCUUCUCAUCUUUCCGUUGUAAAAAGCAUAGCAGAUUCUUCCCGCAGUGACUCCCGAGCUUGGUGAAAGCUUUCCGUUCACUCCUCAAGUUCAGUGCUAGGUGGUUCUGUCCGCAUCGGUGCCCAAACUGAAGAUUUUGAGCCUCUUCCACAGUUGUUGUUUUCAAAGAUCAAAGAUUUGUCAAAGAUUUUUUUUAAACCAUGUUCAACAUAUACGGGUCAUACAAUUACCUGGACUCACUAAAUUUGUCCCCCCCCCCCUUUUUUUUAUAAGACCUUAGCUGGUAGAUAUCAUGUAAUAGAUUUUAAUUGUCUUUUAGUGUUUUAGGGAACCCCUCAAAAUGACUUUAAAGUAAUGCUAUUACACAAAACUGCUUUUACCAAAAAUACAAUGAAUUGUAAUACCGCAAUGAGAAUUUCCCUAGGUUGUGAUAUACCUUUCAGGCAAAUGUGUACUUUUCCCUAGUUGAAAACAUUUGCACUCGCUAAUUAGUUAGUAUGAUUGGCAAAUUCAGGGGCUUGUUCUCAUUGCCGUAUAAAUUUAGAAAUUCCCCUGCAAGUGCCUGGGAAUAAUACACUACUGGCCAGAGAUCUGGUACUUGUCUCACUAUUGAAAUUCCCUUGUUAACUGUGAGAUGGAUUUCAUAUGUGGAAUACAUAAGUGAAGAGAACACAUAAAUGAAUUUCCAAUGUUUUGUUCCCACUGCCAUAAUGUAAAGCUGCUAGCACAGUGCCUGGCACAUGCUGUUGGUAAUCAGUACAUGUUCUUUUCUCUGCUUGAGGUCAGUAAUAACGAUUAAAAAUCAUUUUGAUAGGACAGAGUCUGCCAUCAGGUGGGAGUGGGGGAUGGGUGUCUUCCCAGCCUACUUCCUGUUACCUUUACACACGCGCGUGCAUGCGCACGCGCGCGCGCACACACACACACAAGAAGUUUACAACAUUAUUCCAUGCUGUCUUUGUAGAUUUGGAAAAGAUCUCAUUUUUAUCUCAGCUAUUUUAGAGAGAGCUGAAACUUCAUGAAGGUGCUAUUAAUCUAGAAAGGCAAACCCAUUGUAAUGAAGUGUGAAUGAGUUUGUAGUCUAGGCCUUUCCUUAGACCAACGCCUAUGCUACCUUCCAUGCUGCUGGUUUGAGUUUCAACAUUUUCUACCUUUCAUUCCAAUGGCCUAUCUUACCUAGAAGAAACACUUAAUAUGACAGGUGUAUAUUGGAGUUUUCAAAAAAGAAGCCCACCUCUCUCUCUCUCUCUCUCUCUCUCUCUCUCUCUCUCUCUCUCUCUCUCUCUCUCUCUCUCUCUCUCUCUCUCUCUCUCUCUCUCUCUCUCUCAAGCACUUGAAUAUAGCUAGUUCCCGCUGUCAUUGUUCUGUGUGUGUUUGAGCUGUGCUCUUGAGCCCCACCUGCCAAGGGACCCAAGUCACAGGACUGUGCAAGGAGCAGCCUAUAGUCUGGGGGAAAUUAAGGAUCGCAUUUCAGCCCUUACUACCAGAGCAGAAGACAUGCUCUCUUUAGAAAGAAUCCAUCUUUCAAUGUCUGUAGGCAUCUUUGAAUUGUCUCCCACAAGUCUUGUUUGCAGUCUUGAACUCCCGUGAGCUUCCCAGAGCGGCUGUAUUCACGGGAGAGAGAGGCAGUACAUGGAGGGGACCCAAAACGUGGCUUUCAGUUAGUUGUAACUUGCGUUAAAUAACUAGUUGCUGGUGAGAACAAAGUUUAUUUAUUAAUGUGUCUAUGUCUAUUCAUAUUCAGAUAUAAACACACACACACAUAUACACACACAUUACCAUAUAGAAAGAAACUAAAUUGACAGUGGUCCCGCUUUACCCACAUGGAACAUGUUCGCAGACCCCCAUAGAUGCCUGAAACCGUGGAUAACACUGAACGCUACAUGGACUAUGCUUUUCCCUAUCAUACAUCCUUUUCACUUAAACAAAGCACUUUAUGGUUUCUCUUGGGCAUAUCUGAAUUGCCAGCGUCUCUACUCUUGUACUUUGGGGCCGUUAUUGAGUAAAAUGAGGGCAACUGGAACACAAGCACUGUGAUACUAUGACCGUCAAUCUGAUACAUGACACGACUACUAAGGGACUCGCCGGUGGGGAGCGGAUACAGCGUGGAGAUGCGGGCCAGAGGGAUGAUUCGGGUCUCGGGUUGGACGGACUGGGGCAGCGUGCGAUUUCAUCGUGGUACUCAGAAUGGCACGCAAUUGAAAACUUAUGAAUUGUCUCUUUUUUUCUUGGAAUUUUUCAUUGAGGAUUUUCCGACCACAAUUGACUGUAGAUAAGUGAUAGGGGCAAGUAAAACCGCAGGUACGUAGGGACUACUGUGUAUUUGAAUUUGAUAUUUGAGGUUCUUUAUUUGUUAUUCGGUUAUCAUUCUUCUGUAUUCACUCAGCAACCAUGUCCUCAGGCUGACGUGAACAGGAUGUUUUGAUAUUCAGUGCUUAUUCAGACUCAACUACGGGCACAUUUUCUCUUAAAUAUCCAAAGAUGCCUUUUGAACUUCAAAGGUUAAAACACACCUAAAGUAUUUAGUGUUGUAGUCUACAGAAGUGUGGUUGUCAUUUGUGAAACUAGAAAUGUUAUUUUUCCUAGUUUAGUAUCAACAGUUUAGUGUUAAAUUUGAUGCCUUGUGAACAAACACUUUUAUAUUGUGCUGUAACUUUUUACAAAUUAUUUUGUUCAGAAUGCUUAAAUAACACUGUAGACAGAUGUUUCCAAAAAUUUAAGCGUGCAUAUCUUUCAUGUACACAGCUUAAAAUCAAGAAUGUAUGUUCUUAGAGAAUUUUUUCCAUUACUUAUGGAUCUUGCUUUAAAAAUGUUUUUCUUAAUAUUUAUUUUACUCUGUUGUUGUUUUCUGUGGCUGAGGCAUCUGGUUACUGGUUAUUUUAACAAGAAUAAAAACAUCCCUGGAAUCACUCCCUUUGGAUUUUUUGGUGGUUUAAUUCUUACUUUUCUAUCAUUAAAAAUAUUAUUUUACCAAAUAUAAAAAGAUAUAAAUCCAUGCCAAAUGAUUAGCUGUUUUGACACUAAAUGUCUAUAGUCCUUCGGGAAGUUUAUCUGGCGUGAGUAGCCAGAUAAAGCACACAAGCAAGAAUUCUUGUUCUUCAUUUAAAACAGAUUCCAUAAGGGCAUCGAUAAUAAAUGCCUUUUGUAGCCAAAACCAGGCGUCUCAACCUUACAUUUUUUUGGUUCAAGAAAUGUUUAACUGAACAUUGUUAAACAUUGAUUGUUUGCUACCCAAACAGCAGUGGGCGAUGUUGUGCAAUAAUCAUGUACUAGAGUCAAGUUAUUGAGUAGUUCGUUUUUCCAUAAGCAUGUAAUUGAUCAUAUUUUGAUUUGCCAAGGAUGUGCCUUCAACUUUAUAAUUAUAGUAUUGUAAAAAAA